AUGAAAUCAAAAGUAUUAGAAUGUUGUGAAGUUGAAUGUAGGACUGAUGCAUUUAAAUUUGAAAAAGCAUUGGCAGCUAUGGAGGGGACAUACACAAAAGUAUUUGGUACUGAGUACACCAUCAUUCAUGACUCUGUACUUGAAAUCCUUUCAUAUCAUUUUGGUUCUCAGUUUCCAGAUCUGGUUUUGCAAUAUAUCAGCAGUAGUUACAUUGCUAAUAACGUGAAAGUACAAGAUUGUAAAGAAAAGUCGGAGGUUGAAUGUAAACAAGUUGAAAAUGUAGUGUUAAGUGGUGAGGAGCAUGAAACAUUAAGUAUUGAAAGAAGCCAGGAUUUGCAUGAUCUCAGUCUUAGGUUGAGAGAGGAGCAGUAUCCAAUGUUAGCAGAGCGUUUGUACAGAGAUAUAGAAAAUAUGGAACUAUAUGAUGUUUUUAUGAAUAAGCUUUUAAAACAUCCUCAGGUGUGUCAGGCUUUUAUUGAGGUGUUAAAGACCAAGUCUUACAAUGAGUUAAAAUCUUUAUUUCUGUCAGAACAGAAGGAUGUAUCAAAGGUAGUGGGUAAAAAAGAGCAUGUGAUGAAAGAGAGUGAGAAGAGGGAUGAGAGGAGCAGGGAGUGGAGCAGACAGAGUGUGCUGUUGAAUGAGAAGGGUUAUUAUGACGAAAAAACAUACAGUGUGAGGGUAAUAAGUUGGGUGGUUUACUACGGACACAAUCAGAUCCUACAAUAUAUUUUGAAACAAACUGAAUUACACAAAGAAACAAAGUUUGAAGUAUUUUGGAAUUCGUUUAGCCCCAAAUUAAUCUAUAAAGCAAUAGAGAAAGGAAAUAUCAUUGAAAAAGAUAAUGAAACAGACAAGUUAUCUCUAUCAAACUUCAUUAGUGAUACAGGAAACCAAAAACCAUUUGUUUCCGAAGAUGACCGCUUAUUUCUAUUGAGUUGCUACAGUGGAAAUUUAGAGGCUGUAAGAAUAUUAAUCAAGUAUGUUGAUAUACAAACAACAAACAAGAAAAUCCCACAUAUGUUUUAUGAUACACCACUGAUAGCAGCAUUGAAGGAGCUUAUAGAAGCUGGAGCUGAUAUUAAUCCUAAAGGUAGGUAUAAUACACCACUGACAGCGGCAUGUAAGGCUGGACAUAUGAGUAUAGUGAAGGCACUUUUAAAAACCGGAGCUGAUAUCAAUCCUAAAAGAAAGUAUAUUACCCCACUGAUAGGAGCAUGUGCACAUGGAAACAUGGGUGUAGUGAAGGAACUUAUAGAAGCUGGAGCUGAUAUUAAUCCUGAAGGUAUGGUUAAGACACCACUGAUAGCUGCAUGUGAGAAAGGACAUAUGAGUGUGGUGAAGGAACUUAUAAAAGUCGGAGCUGAUAUCAAUCCUAAAAGAGAGUACCGGAAUAUUACCCCACUGACAGGAGCAUGUGCGCAUGGAAACAUGGGUGUAGUGAAGGAACUUAUAGAAGCUGGAGCUGAUAUUAAUCCUGAAGGUAUGUAUAAUACACCACUGAGAGCAGCAUGUGAGAAAGGACAUAUGAGUGUGGUGAAGGAGCUUUUAGAAGCUGGAGCUGAUAUCAAUCAACAAGAUGGAGUUUAUACCCCACUGAUAGCAGCAUGUAAGGGUGGACAUCUGAUUUUAGUGAAGGAGCUAGUUAAAGCCGGAGCGGACAUCAAUCAACAAGUGAAGGAGCUUAUAAAAGCUGGAGCUGAUAUCAAUCAGAAAUUUGGAGAUGAUACACCACUGAUAACAGCAUAUAAAGGUGGACAUAUAAGUGUAGUGAAAGCGCUUAUAGAAGCCGGAGCUGAUAUCAAUCAGCAAAGUAAGAAUGACACACCACUGACAGCAGCAUGUAAGGGUGGACAUAUUAAUGUAGUGAAGGCGCUUAUAGAAGCUGGAGCUGAUAUCAAUCAGCAAAGUAAGAAUGACACACCACUGACAGCAGCAUGUAAGGGUGGACAUAUUAAUGUAGUGAAGGCGCUUAUAGAAGCUGGAGCUGAUAACAAUCAACAAUGUAAGAAUUGUACACCACUGAUAGUAGCAUGUAAGAGUAGACAUAUGAGUUUAGUGAAGGAACUUAUAGAAGCUGGAGCUGAUAUCAAUCAGCAAUGUGAUGAUGUUACACCACUGACAACAGCAUGUUGGAGUGGACAUUUGAGUAUAGUAAAGGCGCUUAUAGAAGCCAGAGCUGAUAUCAAUCAGCAAGACGGAGAUGAUUCACCACUGAGUGCAGCAUGUAAGGGUGGACAUAUAAGUGUAUUAAAUGGGCUUAGAAAAGCUGGAGCUGAUAUCACUGAACAAAAUAUAUUAGAUUCAUCACAGACAGCAGAAUAUUGGGUUGAACAUAUGAGUGUAGUUAAGGGGCUUAUAGAAGCCGGAGCUGAUAUCAAUCAGGAAAGUGGAGAUGAUACACCACUGAUAGUAGCAUGUAAGUUUGGACAUAUGAAUGUAGUGGAGGCGCUUAUAGCAGCAAGGGCUGAUGUUAAUCGUCAAGGUAAGAAUGACACACCACUGACAGCUGCAUGUAAGUUUGGUCAUAUGAAUGUAGUGAAGGCGCUUAUAGAAGCCAGAGCUGAUAUCCAUCAACAAGAUAAGAAUUACACACCACUGACAGCAGCAUGUAGGGGUGGACAUGAUCAUGUAGUGAACGUGCUUAUUGAAGCAAACGCUGAUAUCAAUCAACAAAGUAAGAAUUAUACACCAAUGACAGCAGCAUGUAAAGAUGGUUAUUACCCUGUAGUGUUAAAGCUUAUACAUGCCAGAGCAGAUAUCAAUCAGCAAUGUAAGAAUUAUACACCAAUGAUAGCAGCAUGUAAGGGUGGGCAUAUGAUUACAGUAAACUUUCUUAUAAACGCCGGAGCUGAUAUCAAUCAGGAAUGUGAUGGUGUUACACCGUUGAUAGCAGCAUGUUGGCGUGGAGAUAUGUGUUCAGUUAAAAGGCUUAUAGAAGCCGGUGCUUGUAUCAAUCAGCAGGGUAAGAAUGAUACACCACUGAUAGCAGCGGGUAAGUGUGGACAUAAUAGUGUAGUAAAGGAAGUUAUAGAAGCCGGAGCUGAUAUCAAUCAACAAGGUGAGUCUUAUACACCAUUGAUAGCAGCAUGUAAGGGUGGGCAUAUGAGUGUAGUGAAGGAGCCUAUAGAAGCAGGAGUUGAUAUUAAUCAGCAAGAUAGAGAUGAUACACCACUGACAGCAGCAUGUAGAGGUGGCUAUUUCAAUGUAGUAAAGGCGAUUAUAAAAGCCGGAGCUAAUAUCAAUCAACAAGGUAUGAAUCAUGCACCACUGAUAGCAGCAUGUAAGGGUGGUCAUAUGAGUGUUGUGAAGGAGCUUUUAGAAGCGGGAGCUGAUAUCAAUCAACAAAAAAAGAACUAUACACCACUGAUAGCAGCAUGUAAAGGUGGUCAUAUCAAUGUAGUAAAGGCGCUUAUUGAAGGCGGAGGUGAUAUCAAUCAACAAGGUAAGAAUUAUACACCAUUGAUAGCAGCAUGUAAGGGUGGUCAUAUCAAUGUAGUAAAGGCGCUUAUUGAAGCCGGAGCUGAUAUCAAUCAACAAGGUAAGAAUUAUACACCACUGAUAGCAGCAUGUAAGGGUGGUCAUAUCAAUGUAGUAAAGGCGCUUAUAAAAGCCAGAGGUGAUAUCAAUCAACAAGGUAAGAAUUAUACACCACUGAUAGCAGCAUGUAAGGGUGGGCAUAUCAAUGUAGUAAAGGUGCUUAUAGAAGCCGGAGUUGAUCUCAAUCAACAAGGUAGGAAUGAUACACCACUGAUAACUGCAUGCUGUGAUGGACAUUUGAGUAUAGUGAAAAUGCUAAUAGAAGCCGGAGCUGAUAUCAAUCAAAAAAAGAAGAAUCACACAGCCCUGUCAGCAGCACGUGAGCGUGGACAUGUGAGUGUAAUGAUGGCGCUAAUAAAAGCUGGAUCUAAUAUUUAUCAACAUGGUGAGGUGCUACACCACUCAACGCAGCAUAAAGAGAUAAACACAUGA